AUGAGGACCAAUACCUCCCUCGCUGUCCUUGUCGGCAGCGUUGUUGUCGCAACCGCGCAGAAUGCACCCACUGUCAAGACCAUUAACGGCACGUUGCAGGGAGCCAAAUGCUCCUCCAACGACGUGAACUCAUUCCUGGGUAUUCCAUAUGCUCGACCUCCCGUGGGGGACCUGCGCUUCGCACCACCGCAGUCGUACAACCAGACAUUCGACAAUCGUCAGGCAACGCAGCCACCGCCGGCUUGCACACAAUUCAAUGUGGCUUUCUCAGAGAGAGGCCCACAGUCAGAGGACUGUCUCUUCGUAGACGUUUGGGCACCCAUCGACGCUAAAUCAGACUCGAAACUUCCAGUAAAAGUAUGGCUCUAUGGGGGAGGAAAUGAGGCCGGUGGAAUUUCAAAUCCGACAUAUGAUGGCUGUACGGCCAGUGAGAAGGUCAUCUCGGUGUCCAUCAAUUAUCGUGUUGGCCCGCUUGGCUUCCUGGCACUGGAUAGCCUAGGUCUUCAAGGUAACCAGGGUAUUCAAGACCAACUAUUGGGAUUGCAGUGGGUUCAAGAGAACAUCGAAGCCUUCGGUGGCGAUGCGAAGAAGGUGCUCCUAUUCGGACAGUCUGCAGGUGCAGCCGACACAUUCAUCAUUAGCAGCCUUCCUCAAGCCCCAUCACUCAUUAGCGCAGCAAUCAUGCAAUCCGGAGCGGGGGACGAGCUGCAGACCACAUCCGAUGCACUGAAUGCGACCGAGGCCUUUGUCAAGGCUCUAGGCUGCAGUGUGGACGAUAUUGCCUGCGUUCGGGCAGCCUCAGUCUCGGCCAUCAACUCGUCGAGCGUCGCUGGAUCUUCGUUACCACAAGUCAUCGUCGACGGGACUAUUAUUCCUGCGCAGCCACUCGAAGCGGGUCUCAAGGUCCCGGCCGUAGCAGGAUCAACCACCGACGAAGGCACCCUCUUCAUUCUCAGCCAGUAUCAAGCCAGCGUGCUGACGCUGAACUACACGGAUUACAACGGCUUCUUAACCAAGACGUUCGGGCCGCUGGCACAAAGAGUCAAUGAGACCUACCCGCUUUCGAACUAUACCACCUCAUCUGGUGGCCCUGUACUGGCAGCCAUGUCGGCUGUCGUGACACACUCCGAGUUUAGGUGUCCAACACGAAGGUUCAUCCGUCAAGCCAGCCAGGAUGGUGUCCCAGUCUGGACGUAUUCGUUCAACCACACUCUCAGUUGCCCUUGGUACACCAUCAUCCCGAGUUAUGCCCUGGACCUACUUGCAUCGACGCACACGGCUGAGAUCCCGUUUGUCUUCAAUGGCACCGCAAAUAUGCCCAGACCAAAUGGCACUUGCAGCCUCUCCACGGGCGAGGUUGCCCUCGCAGCGAAAAUGCUAGGCGCUUGGGACAGUAUGGCGGCGAAUGCGAACCCGGGCAGUGACUGGCCUCAAUACAACACAUCCAGCUCAGUCGGUGUCAAUGUCGUCGGGGAUGAAUUCACUGUAGGAACGGUGGACUACAGCAUGUGUGACUUCUGGGAUGAAAUUCAGGCUGCUACUGCGAACGGAACGUCUGGUGGCGGCGCAAACGGAACCAGUUCUGGCAGCGGAUCAGCGCCCACAUCUACGGCUGCCGCCUGGUCCUGGUUCGAAAACAGUGUCUUGUUACUAUUGAUCACUGCUGGGUCGCUUGGUACCGACCUGGACAGCAACUCGGUGACAGGCGACGCCCCUAAUCUCGUCUGCGGUUCAUAUGAAAUCUCCGAGCUCACCCCCGGGUCGAUUCUCAAGGCCGCUCUGUGA